AUGGUAGAUCUACCUCAACAAAGAGCCACCCCAUCCCGGCCUUUCACUCACACCGGUGUAGACUUUACUGGUCAUGUGGAGAUCAAGCUAAACAAAGGGAGAGGAGUCAAAACGUCGAAGGGCUACGUGGUUGUCUUCGUGUGCAUGGCUACUAAGGCUGUGCAUCUUGAACUCGCGUCGGAUUUAACCUCGGAAACUUUCCUUGCUGCCUUUCAACGAAUGUGUGCCAGACGUGGCACACCGAAACACGUAUACUCCGAUUGUGGAACUAAUUUUAUCGGAGCAUCAAAGAUAUUACGUAACGAAUUCGAGUACUUUCAACAAGAACUAUCGCCGGAAUUCUUCACUGAAAUAGCAAAAAUGGAAGUGGAAUGGUAUUUCAAUGCUCCCGGAUGGCCGAGUGCAGGUGGCUUAUGGGAGGCGGCCGUCAAAGCCAUGAAACAUCAUCUGCGUCGCGUACUGGGUGAUCAGAAACUGACAUUCGAAGAGUUCACUACUCUAUUAGCAAAAAUUGAAGCAUGUUUGAACUCGCGACCACUUUGCCCACUCACUGAAGACCCCAAAGAAUUCCAAAAUUACUUGACACCCGGGCAUUUUCUUACCGGUAGUGCCACCUUAUCACUUCCGGUAGGCGACUACAGUGUUGUCAAAAUAUCGAUUUACGUCAACGUUGGCAGCUAA